AUGGAUGAACUGAGUAUCAAUCCUGAGACAUUGAUAUCUUUAGUGGAAGAAAGAAAUAUCCUUUGGGAUAAAACAAGCGAAUCCUAUAAGGAUAAACGUCAAACACUAAAAGCCUGGCAUGACCUAUGUUCAAUUAUAAAAGAAGAUUUCAAUGACCUUCCAAUUGGGGAAAAAAACACAUACGGUAAAAAAGUUAUUCAGAAAUGGAAAAAUAUGCGAGAUGGGUGGAUGAAAUGCGAAAAGAAAAUGAGGGAAAACAAAUCUGGAUCUGCAACAAAAAAAGUUCAUAAGUACCCAUACUAUGAUAAUAUGUUGUUUUUAAAGAAAAUAUACAACCCCCGCGAAACUAAUUCAAAUUUUAAGAAUUCUGAGCCAGGAAAAAGUAAACCAAAUACGAAAAAUAAAGAAUUGAGUGAUGUGGAUGCAAAAUUCAUGAAGUUUAUGGACUCUGUUGAAAAAGAAGAAGACAGUCGUAUGAUGUCGUUCUUUAAAGGAAUUUUACCAACUGUUGAACAAUUCAAUGAUGAAGAUACUGUUGAGUUUCAGUACCAGGUGAUGUCUAUUGUGAGAAAUAUAAAAGCUAAAAACCAACAGCUCCAGAAUGCUGGUUCGAAAAGGCCUUACUUUACUCCACCACCCGAGACUACGUAUCGUCGAGAAGGCGAAAAUGUAUCAUACGAAAGCACCUAUCAGUAUGGUUACACUACUGCUGCUGGAUCUGGACGUCCGACAACACAACAAUCAUCUUAUUCUGAAGAGUCCGAAUCUACCGUAGGUGGAGAGCAAUACAAUUUUGCCAGUCCAUCCAAUUCAAGUAUCGACGAUUUAGAUUUUACAAAUAUAUAGUCUGCCUUACAAAUUUAUAUAUAUAAUGAUUAAUAAAUACCACUUGACCAAGUAAUUGUUAUUAUUUAUUUACUUACCGCAAUGUCACUGCUAAUCUUUCUGUGGGGGUAAUACUGUCCCGCAUGUUAGUGUUCUGGUGCUUCAAUUUAUCAUGUAUGAAGUUGAGUAGUUUAUCAAAUGUUUUAACAUCCAUUCGGAAAUAAUCUGCGAAUUCUUUUUCAUCUUCUCGCAAUUGGUUGUAUAGCGUAUGAAAUUCACCAAACUCUUCUCGCCGUGCUAAAAUA